AAACUUAGCCUUAACAUUUCUUUCCCUAACAAAACAUCCCUUUGCCUUUCAAACAUGGCUCUCCCUCUCAUACUUUUAUCCAUUCUCUCCAUCUUUCUUGCUUACAAAUUAUUCCAACGCCUACGAUUCAAGCUCCCGCCGGGGCCUCGCCCGUUGCCCAUUGUCGGGAACCUCUACGACAUAAAGCCAGUGAGGUUCCGCUGCUUCGCCGAAUGGGCUCAAGCGUACGGUCCAAUUAUAUCGGUUUGGUUCGGUUCGACUUUGAACGUUAUCGUGUCAGAUUCAGAAUUGGCUAAAGAAGUGCUGAAGGAGAAUGAUCAGCAGCUGGCUGAUAGGCAUAGGAGUCGAUCAGCUGCAAAGUUUAGUAGAGAUGGGAAGGACCUUAUAUGGGCCGAUUACGGACCUCACUAUGUAAAGGUUAGAAAGGUUUGUACGCUUGAGCUUUUUACACCAAAGAGAUUGGAAGCUUUGAGACCCAUCAGAGAAGAUGAAGUUACCGCCAUGGUUGAAUCCAUUUUCAAGGACUGCACCGAUCCUCAAAUUAAUGGGAAGAAUUUGUUAAUAAGGAAGUACUUGGGGGCAGUGGCAUUUAACAACAUAACAAGGCUAGCAUUUGGGAAGAGGUUUGUGAAUUCAGAAGGCGUGAUGGAUGAGCAAGGUUUAGAAUUCAAGGCAGUAGUAGCAAAUGGGCUUAAGCUUGGAGCAUCAUUGGCCAUGGCAGAACACAUUCCAUGGCUCCGUUGGAUGUUCCCAUUAGAGGAAGAGGCUUUCGCUAAGCAUGGAGCUCGAAGAGAUCGUCUCACCAGAGCAAUCAUGGAAGAACAUACUCUUGCCCGCAAGCAAAGCGGCGGUGCCAAGCAACAUUUUGUUGAUGCUUUGCUUACCUUGCAAGAAAAGUAUGACUUGAGUGAAGACACCAUCAUCGGACUCUUAUGGGACAUGAUUACAGCAGGGAUGGACACAACAGCUAUCUCAGUGGAGUGGGCUAUGGCAGAGCUGAUCAAGAACCCAAGAGUCCAACAAAAGGCCCAAGAGGAACUAGACCGGGUGAUUGGAGUUGAACGUGUGAUGACAGAGUCUGAUUUCUCAAGCCUCCCAUACUUACAAUGUGUAGCCAAGGAGGCACUAAGGCUGCACCCUCCAACUCCACUAAUGCUGCCUCACCGUGCCAAUGCUAAUGUCAAAGUUGGUGGCUAUGACAUCCCUAAAGGAUCAAAUGUUCAUGUCAAUGUAUGGGCCGUUGCUCGUGAUCCGGCCGUGUGGAAGGACCCAUUGGAGUUCCGACCAGAGCGAUUUUUCGAGGAGGAUGUGGACAUGAAGGGCCAUGAUUAUAGGCUACUUCCAUUUGGUGCAGGAAGGAGGGUGUGCCCAGGUGCACAACUUGGGAUAAAUUUAGUGACAUCUAUGUUGGGUCAUUUGUUACACCAUUUUUCAUGGGCACCCGCUGAGGGAGUGAAGGCAGAGGAAAUUGACAUGUCAGAAAAUCCAGGAUUGGUGACUUACAUGAAGACCCCAAUACAGGCUGUGCCUACUCCGAGGCUGCCUUCACACUUGUACAAACGUGUGGCUGUUGAUAUGUAAUUUUGCUCUUUGCCAUUUGGGGUUGCUUAUCUCUGAUUUUAGGUGGAUUUUGAACUUAUAAUGAGAUGGUAAAUUUGUUAAAAGAUGUUGUAUUGGUCCAAAAGAAGGCCAAAUAAAGCAAUAUGAUUUAUGUAAGUGGCAUAGAGUUUUGUUCA